UGUCAGUCGCCCUUUAACCAACCAUUUCGCCAUGAGUCAACUUAAAUGGCAGCUGAUCAUCGUCAUAUUUCUAUUGUACCAAAGGAGUCUCAGCGCCCAAGAAAUUCCUUCCAAACGCAUCGUAAAGGGUUUCAAUGCAGAUCCUAAACAGUUUCCAUAUCAAGUAUAUUUUACAAAUCUGGUGGAUUCCCACCUUGACAGCGGUUGUGGUGGUGUGAUAAUAUCAAAUCGAAUUGUUCUUACAGCUGGUCAUUGCUUAAGCAGAAAAUUUGAUGCUGUCGAAAUGUACUUUGGAACUGUGGACAGAUCCAAUAAAAGGGAAGUCGGGCAACAACGAUUAAUAGUAAAAUCAACAAAUAUUGUCGUACAUCAAGAUUAUCAAGCCCAUCCAUAUCUCAAUGACAUAGCUCUCAUAAAACUUCCAGCCGAUCUGUUAUUUGACGAGUAUAUUCAACCUGCCAAGUUACCCGAUGCAAACGAACUUUAUGAGAACGAAAGUGCUGUUGUAUCUGGUUGGGGACAAACUUCGUUCAAUGGUCCUCAACCAAAUCACCUGCAGUAUUAUAAUGUUACUGUGUCUUCAAACGAGGAAUGUAAAAACAAAUUAGUACAUCGGGUAUUUCCGUUAUCAUAUAUCUGCUUGAAGCCAAGUCAAAGUACUCCAUGUUUUGGCGACUCUGGUGGUCCAUUGGCAAUUCGGAAUGAUGAUGGAAGCCACACUUUACUGGGUCUAACAUCAUUUGGAAUAACGAAUUGCGAAAAAUAUUCACCUGUUAUUUACACCCGAGUAUCAUCGUUUUUACAAUGGAUAAAACAAUAUGAAUGAAUAAAAAAUUUUGAAAAUAAUGAACAACUACUUGUAUUGUUAAGUACUAUCUCCGGGACAAUAUUUCCGUCUGUCCUAUAUCUCGGAGACUAUGAGCUAUAAUUUUGUCAUCGUUACCCGCAUAUUAUGUUGGGUUUAAAUAAUAGCCUUCUGUAUAUAUUUAAUUGAAUAUUUUAAGAAUAAUAUUGCACUGUUUUCCUUUUAUUCAAAAUUGGUAGCGGGUAUCAAGGAGUCGAGCAAACUCUAAUGUAGCCUUCUUGCUUAAUAUCAAAUAUAUUGUACUCCAUAUUUAGUACACAAUAA